AUGUCAAGGAAAGCGAGUGUAUGGCGCGGAGUUAAUGCCCGAAAGGUUGCUCAGACCAAAUCGCGGGGUCCGUUGACAGGGGAUGUUUGUUUGCAUGGAUCUCUUCGCCACUAUCCAUCACUGACACCUGUCAUCGAUGGGGCCAAAGCCGAGAAACAGUCAAGGGGCGAGGUUGAUCCACAAGAGGAACACAUUAUUCCUUCUUCCUACGUUUCCCAUGGAGUUAGGCUCACGCUCGGAGGUGUUGCCAACCUCGACGAUCGGGAUGGGUGUCAGAGGCUUGGGCGAGCUGCGUGGAGCGGUUCGAAACAACCCCCAAACACGCCCCAAAAAGUCAUGCUGGAUGUUUCUAAGAAAAGCAUCGUCACGCAGGGCUGGUCGGAAAAACACACAUCUGCCCUUGCAUCUACUACCCACACUGUCAAGCUGAAUCGCCCCGAAAGGGAAAAUGUCCCGAGAAAAGGUGAAUAUUUUCAGGAAUUAGCUGAUGCAUAUCUCGGAUUGCCUAACCCUUACCGGGAAGCGAAACGACUAGAGAGUAUCGCCUAUCUAUACAACACUGCAUAA